AGAGAACUCCCCCACCUACACCUUUCAUUCGCUUCGACAAAGCAUGGUUCUAGUCCAAGGAUCUGAUUAAGAUGGACGACGCGACAAAAUCUCUGCUCACAGAGCAUUUCAGUUACACUCCGCUGUCCCUUGUAGAUGACGUGAUCAACUCGAUCAACAAUCUGAUCUAUCAAGCUAUCUCGAGUCUCGAAGCCGGUUUACUCUCCACUCCUCCCGAACGGUUGGGCUUCUCGCACGCUACCAACGGUUCGACUAUCCCAGAUACAGACGAGGAUGGGAACGUUGUUUACCCUGAAGCGAAACUGGAGAUAGAAGAUGGACUACACAAACUUGAAACCCUCCUUGAGGCGACCGUCGACAAGGCGUUCGACAAGUUCGAAAUUAUUGUCCUGCGAAACUCGUUUCGAGUGGACGAUGACUUGCUAGGAUGGAUUCGACUGAAGCAUUAUGAGAACCUGGAUCUAAAUCCGUCCCCCAACGCACCCACCCCGGACACAAUUGUUGCUCUGCGCAAAAAACUACAAGAAACAAAGAAAUUGAACCGAGCUUUGAAACAAGAGACCGCUCGGAACGAUGCGGUCAUCUCCCAGCUGCGGUCAAUCUUAUCCACCGUUAAAGGCGCCGGCGGCGCGACAAGUGCGAAACAGGAGGGCGACUCCGAGACGCCUGCACUGCCUACAAACCAAGAUUUAGACCUAUCGUUCUUAACGGAGAGUCCAGCGGCCAAGCAACUACGAGUUGGCGCUACCAUUGGAUCAAAUACCAAACAUACACCGCUUACUACCAAUACAACUUUUAUAUUAUCUCAACUUCCUGCCCUGCAAGCGUUACUGAAGCAGCUCCGGCCUAAGCUGGCUACUCUGCCUAAAUCGGCGGACGCCACGGGAGCAGAUUCUAAACGUGACGAGAGAAAGGAGUACAUUGAGAGCAGAAUCCGCUUGCAUCUCGAACGAACUGGCCAGCUUGGGGUGGGCAGUGAUGGCAACCCGGUUGUCGCCGGACGAAAGAUCGAUAUUUCCGAAGCGCAGGCGCUCGAGGCGGUCACAGGAAUGCUUACGCAAGGUGACAAAAUGUCAGAAUAAGAAUGACGAUGGUUGGAAAUGGAUGGCAAAGUCAUGCGCCAUUGG